AUGUCGUCCUAUGGACAAACAGCCAGAAAUCCAGCUCGACCAAACGGCAACAAUGUGAUCAAUCAAAAUGGCGGUCAAUAUCAAAUCGCGCACGUGCCGGUGAAUGUCGGACAUGCUGGAUAUGAUCAAUCUCAACAAAUCCCAGUUCGCGGACCAUAUCCAACAAUGGCUUUGCCUCAGCAUACACCAAUCACUUUUCAACAAUUUCAACAGCCUGUCCAAAAUUACUAUCAACCAAUGCCACCAGCGGAUCAAAAUUACACACGACACCAAAUGCAUCAACAACCGAAUGUGCCGAAUUUCCCAGGAUAUCCACAACAGUAUUUUAUGAAUCCAAUGGCAAUGGGAAUACCAGGACAAAUGGCACCAAAUAUGCAAACAAUGCAGGGACCUCCUCCCGCUGUGCCUCCUGCUGAAAAGCCAGUAGCUCGCGAACGAAAGCCUCUAUUGAUUUGUGAUCCAAAGACGAAAGAGGCAGUUGAUGUUCACGGUUUGGGCGUUAAAGAUGCUGGUGCAACAGCUCAACCAUCAACCGAUCAAACAGCAGCCACUUCUGAAAUCAAGAAGCAGUUUGCAAAUAAAUUGCUUGAAACGGUCAAAGCGAAACUUGAUGAGAAACCGACAGAUGCCACCGUUCCGCAAAAAGAAGUUCCUCAGCCCACAACUCAAAAUGUAAACACAACGAAGCCAAGUCUUCAAUCGACUCCAGCUGAAGCAGCACCUUCAACUCAAGUCGAUGUGAAUAAAAAUGCGGCACAAAAUGAACAAUCAAAGGAAAAACGUGAAAAUCUUCCAACAAAACAAAAUGAUACUCAGGAUAAAACAAUCACUUCACUUGAAGAGGAAACCACUGAUGAGAAAGAAAACGAAACAAUUGUUGCACCAGCAAUUACACGAAAUGAGACAGACGAGGCUCCGGCUGCUGUUGCAAUGACUGGAAGUGUAUUGGUUGAUAACAUUGAUGAGGAAGAUGAAACUGAUGGAAAAUCCGAGGAUGAAAAGGCCGCGGAAGAAGCCGAGAGAAAAACACAACGAGAGAGCGAAUUGGUGACACAAAUGAAGACACUGGAAGAACAAAUUGAAAUGAAUAUCUACUCGAGAGAAUUCCUUUCUUUGGUUUGCACAAUUGAAAAGGAGUUCAAAUGGACACAAUGCCCAUUGACAGACGAUCAACUGAAAACAUUGGGACUUGACAAGAGCAGUGUGCCGGCAAGGGAAACAAAUAAAGGCGGUACAUUCAAUCCAAACUGGAUGAAAUCAAAUAAGCCCAGGCCAUAUGUUGGUGGACGUGGAUCAAUGGAUAGUUCGAUGAGAGGUGGAAAUAUCCAAAGAGGACAGCAUCCACGAAAACCACCAAUUGGACGACCAUCAAUUGAGAGGCAAAUUGAGAGAGCCGCACCUUUGAGAAGAACGGAAAAUGCAUGGAAACCAGACAAAAAGACGGAUGGAUGCUCAGAAGAUGAAAUCAAGAAAAAGCAAGUCCUCAAGAAUGUCCGAGCAUUGAUGAACAAGGUCACACCAACGACACAGAAAGAAUUGACUCAAGAAUUGUUGUCAUUUGAAGUGUCAAAUGAUCCCGAAGUCUUGAAAGAUGUCAUCGAGAUCAUCUUUGAUAAAGCCGUCGAAGAGCCAAAGUUCUGUCCAUUGUAUUCUGAAAUGUGCAAAGUACAAGUUGAUCUUGAAUUGAAAAAGGGUGGGAACGCAUCGCUUUUCCGAAAUGCAAUUUUGACACGAUCACAACGAACAUUUGAAACAUCAAAAGCUGAAGAUGAUGCAAGAAGAGAAAAGGUGCAAGAAAUUGAGACUGAAGCUGAUGAACAAAAGAAAGCUCAACUUGCCCUUUCUUUGCAAGAAUACGAUUCAAAGAUUCGAAGGAGAAGAUUUGGAAAUAUCACAUUCAUUGGUCAGCUCUUCUAUCAACAAUUAUUGAGCUACAAAGUUGUUUCGUGGUGUAUCAUGACAUUGCUGAGGGAAUCAACUGUUGGAACGGACACUUUCUCGCCGGAGACUGAGGAAGCCAUUGAUUGUUCUGUUCGAUUGAUGGAAUCGAUUGGGCCAAAAAUGGAAGCUGAAGGAAAAAGAUUCAUCGAGAAGGCACAACAAGAGGCACAACAACAGCAAAGGGGAAGAGCACAAGGACAAGCACAACCGCCACAAAAAGUGGCCGGACUUGUGACAUUCGAUCAAUUUAUGGGACAUAUUGAGGAGAUCAAGAAACGCGCUUCAGCUAGAAUCAGAUUUAUGAUCAUGAAUCUGCAAGAACUCAGAAAUAACAAUUGGCAUAAGAGAAAAGUUGCCGAUCAAGGGCCAAAGAAAUUGAAUGAAUUACAUGAAGAGAUCAAACAGGAACAGAUUCAAAAUCAAGUGGCACGAGAUCGCUAUGAAAGGGAUCAAGGGCGUGGACCAUCGAAUGUCAACCAUCGAUCGGAUGCACAAAAACGGCCAGUUGUCGGCAGAAAUUCGUUGAAUGCCAAGGUGAAUCCAAAUGAAAGAAGAAAAGCGGCUGCAAACACCGCGAAUAUGUCCGGAACUGGAGCUGCACCACAACAAAAGAAAUCCUUGAUGACGGCAAUGAAUAUGUCGAACAAUCAACUCGGACGUCCAAGUUGGGGAUCAAAAGGAGCGAGCAUUGGGCUAACCGAAAAUGAAAGGAAAAACAGCAACGCACAAGGGGAACGGGGCAGCCGUGAAACGAGUGAACAACGAAAAUUAUCGGUCGAUGAUGAACGGGCCAAAGCUAUCGACUCUGUUCGAGCGAUCACCCAAAAUGAGGAAAAGGCCCGUCCGGUCACCGCCACUCCUCCACCCGAUUCGACAUCUCGAGACGGAUCCGUUUCACCCAAUCCGAUCCGAUCAAGUUCUCAGGUGUCACUUGAUGAGCAAAAUGAUGAACCGAUCGAAUUGAGCGCAGAAGAGAAAAAGGCGGCUCAAGCAAUUCACGGUUGCAUAGAGGAAGUGCAAAGUGGUUACGAGAAAAUCGAAACGUGUCCGGAAGAUUUCCUCAAAACGAUGAAAAAGAAUGGUCUCACCGUUCGAGCGUUAUUCAAAGCAUUUGCUGUCACAGUGCUACGCGAGACGAAACAAGAUCAGAAAUUGACCGGUCAUAUAUUGGCCUAUUUCUUACAAUCGGAAGAAUUGAAGCGUGAGAUGAUAGAUGAAACGGAUGUCGCUAAAGGAUUUGCCGAUUUUUGCAACUACGUGAUUACGAGUGAGGAAUACGAGGAAUGCCCGAAUAUUUGGGAAAGAUUCGCUGAGGUGAUCAUCAACGCUGUGUACUGUGAUCUGCCCGAUUUCACGGAAAAACGACCACAACUUGAAAAUUUCGCUUUGACAUUCCUUGAGGCAUCAAAAGAUCCACGAUCAAAACGACCCGCUUUUGAACUUCUUGUGGUCGCUUUGAAAAGAAUGGCUGAAAUCAACAAAGGACUUGAACAAGAUCACGAGGCUUUGACUGCAAUGACAUAUGAUGAGAUCAAAUUCAUUCAAAAGCUCUCUCCUGAACAAUCAACAAAACUCGCCGAAGCUUUAAAGGAGCAAAAAAUUGACGGAGUUGGAAAUCUUCAUGCUUUACUCAAGGGUACUUCA